GAAAACAGGUACAGAUAAGCCAACGUCGGUCAUUAGGUUCCGUUACAAAGGCAGAAUCUACAUCCUCAGCAAGUCAGUCUGGAGGUGAAAGUGUAGGAAGGCGGGUGCGUGACGCUGCUGGUAGACAGACGGCAAAAUGGGCAAAAAGCACAAGUUUUAUGAGAAAGGCAAAAAGAGGCGCCGUGAUGAUCUCCCAGUUGAUGAAGAGGAAGGUAUGGAGCUGGAGGGCAUUCCAAAGGCAUCAACGGAGAAUGUUGAGGAGGAAGGUGACCAGAAAACUACCAAAGAUCAGUAUGGUGCCUUUGACUAUCGGCCACACAUGAAACUGAAAGAUGAUCAUACGUCACGACCUCUUUGGAUUGCUGCCAAUGGCCACAUCUUCUUGGAGUCCUUUUCUCCUGUCUACAAGCAUGCCAAGGACUUCCUCAUCACCAUUGCUGAGCCUGUCUGUCGGCCUGAACACGUCCAUGAGUACAAGCUGACUGCCUACUCCUUGUAUGCAGCAGUUAGUGUUGGGUUAGAGACACAUGACAUCAUAGAGUACCUAAAAAGACUGUGUAAGACAUCCCUGCCUCCUGGUAUUUGUGAAUUCAUCCAAAACUGUACGCUUUCUUAUGGUAAGGUUAAGUUAGUGUUGAAAAAGAACCGUUAUUAUGUUGAAAGUGAUUUUCCAGAUGUUAUUCAGAAGUUAGUCAAAGAGCCCAGAAUUCAAGAGUGUAUGAUCAGUCCAAAUGAAGGAGUAACGAGUACAGAGAGACAGAAAACACACGAUAUCAUGUUUACCAGUCACCAGGCUCAGAUGGCAGGCAGUACAGAAGACCCUGCUCAGAAGCCUGAUGCUGAACUUGCAAAUGGAGAGCAGAAAGACAAGGAUAAGGAUACUGUACCUGAGGAUAUUACAAGUUUCUAUGAUAAGGCUGACGAGGAGGAGGAAGAAGAAGGGAAUAUUAAGACUCUUUCCUUUGAAGUUAAUCAAGAUAAGAUUGAAACCUUGCAGAAAACAUGUAUUGUUCUUGACUAUCCACUCCUGGCAGAAUAUGACUUCAAGAAUGAUACUGUAAAUGAGGAUAUCAAAAUAGAUCUCAAGCCGUCUGCUGUGUUGCGACCAUACCAAGAGAAGAGCUUAAGGAAAAUGUUUGGCAAUGGGAGAGCCAGAUCAGGAAUCAUUGUCCUGCCAUGUGGAGCUGGGAAGAGCUUGGUGGGCGUCACAGCGUGCUGCACCGUCAACAAGAAGGCCUUGGUUCUGUGCAACUCUGGCGUAUCAGUUGAACAAUGGAAGCAGCAGUUUAAGAUGUGGUCCACAGCAACAGAUGACAUGAUAUGUAGAUUUACCUCGGAUGCUAAAGACAAACCCUUCAAUGCUGGCAUCCUAGUCACAACAUAUGCUAUGAUAUCUCACAACCAAAAGAGAGCCUAUGAAGCAGAACAGACGAUGAACUGGCUGAAGGAGCAGGAAUGGGGGAUAAUGGUCCUUGAUGAAGUGCACACCAUUCCUGCCAAGAUGUUCAGGAGGGUUCUCACUAUUGUGCAGUCACACUGUAAGUUAGGAUUAACUGCUACUCUGGUGAGGGAAGAUGACAAGAUUGCCGAUCUAAACUUCCUCAUCGGCCCAAAGUUGUAUGAAGCAAACUGGUUGGAGCUGCAGAAGGAGGGCUUCAUCGCCAAGGUUCAGUGUGCCGAGGUCUGGUGUCCAAUGACCCCUGAAUUCUAUCGGGAAUACCUGAUGGGGAAAGUGUCUGACCAGAAAAUUAAAUUGCUGUGUGCCAUGAACCCAAACAAAUUUAGGACUUGUGAGUUUUUGAUCAAGUAUCAUGAGAAUCGUUGUGAUAAGGUUAUAGUAUUUAUUGAUGAGGUGUUUGCUCUGAUCCAUUAUGCCAAGACCAUGCAGAAACCAUACAUUUGUGGCAAAACUGGACAGAAGGAGCGCAUGACCAUCAUUCAGAACUUCAAACUGAAUCCCAAAGUGAACACAAUAUUCUUCAGUAGGGUUGCUGACACAUCCUUUGACAUCCCAGAGGCAAACGUCUUGAUCGAAAUCUCUUCACAAGGAGGCUCCCGUCGACAGGAAGCCCAGAGGUUAGGACGUAUUCUGAGGGCCAAGAAAGGUGCCAUAGCAGAAAACUUCAAUGCUUUCUUCUAUGCGCUGUUGUCUCAGGAUACCCGAGAAAUGGGAUACUCACGCAAGCGACAGAGUUUCCUAAUCAACCAAGGCUAUGCCUACCAGGUGAUCACUCCAGCCCAGAUGGUUGGCAUGGAUGAGGAGCAGCUGCACUAUGCCACAAAGGAGGAAAAGGUCCAUUUGUUGGAGCAGAUUUUGGCGGCCUCAGAGUCGGAUAUGUAUGAAGAGGGCGUCUUUAACGACCGGGGACCAGGCUCUCAGCGCAGGAUGGGCAACAUGGGCUCCCUGUCAGGGGCUGAUGAUUCCAUCUAUGGAGAGAAGAGAAAAGGCUCAAAGAAGGAUCAUCAGCAUUACUUAUUCAAGAAAUUCCGAUCCUGAGUGUUGCCGUGGAGUUUUUGUAAGAUGUUUGUUACUUUGUAUGUACCAUUGCAACUAGUAUUCAUGUCAGGGAGAAAAGUACUCUGGAAAAUGGAGCUGAAGUAUAAAAAUGAACUUUUGACACAAAUGUCAAGUAUUAAUAUAGGGAAUAUUUAUCUAUUUUGUAAGUAUUAUUUUGUCUACUGCAGUUCAAUUUUUCAAAGUUGUUGUAUCUUGAAACAAGUCCUAAUUGAAAUGUGGCACACAUGCUUGUUAAUAGAUCUAUGUAUGUGUACUGAGACCUGGUUGUGUGAGGUCAAGGUUUACACGGCUCACAGGAACACCGAGAGGGACAGAGAUGGAGUCAAAGACACAAUCAGAGCAGUCGUGUUUAUUUCAUGUGUGCAAGAUAUAACAUAUGUAUUUAAUUUAAUGUGCCUUUUAAAGGUCAAUGCAACAUGUCCUUUUGAAUUGAUAUAUUUUCCUUGUAGAAAGUUAAACCAUUUCAUUACAAUCACCCCCACCUCAUUAGGCCAUCUGGUGUCUUCCAUAGGGAGGGCAUAAGUAUAUUUACCUGCCCUUUAGUGACCCUUGGGAGGUCGAGGGGUUUACAGGAAGGUUACAAAUAAUUCACCCAUCAUUUAGUGACUUACAUAGUGGGUUGAGGGUGCAGAGCCUUCCCAUGGGGAGACUACAAGUAUAUUCACAUGUCUUAGUGGCCCAACAAUUAAAGGUAAAUUUUCCAAUGAGGUGUUGCCUCAACCUUUAAAAAGCACAUUGAAUCGACUAAGCAGAUUGUAAAUCUUGCUCACAUGUGUUAUAAGAUACACUUAACUGCUUUGAUUCAGUGCCUUUGACUCCAAGUUAGUUAUUUGUGUUCUUACAAACCCAGUUUUACAUAGUUUGUGUGCUGUGGUUUGCAGUGAGAAGUAUCAUACCUUUGCAAAGCUGUGCACACCCUGAGUGUCAAAUGUGCUUUCACCACAUUGCAGGAUUACACAUGCCAUGCAGCCCAGCGAUGUGCCACCUUGUUUUAUUAACAUGCUCAGAAUUAUUAUUUUGUGCUAUUUCCUUUCCCAUAUUCAGUAAUAUAGAAGUCCUUUGAUCUAAUUAGCAGCAGGUCCUUCCAGAAUGCACAUUUAAUUGUUUUUGUAUCUUAACAAUUUCCUGGACUCAAAAUUCAGACAUUUGUAAAUAUUUUCGUCUUAUAAUUUCCGGCCUUUUCAAAUUUGGAGUAUUAGGACGUUUGGAUUAUUGGACUUCUGGACUUAUGUGCAUGAGCAUGAAAAUCCAAGAUGAUAGUUGUGAAUGUCUUAAUAUCUCAUCUGUGUCAUUCCUAAACUAAAGUGUAUUGGUUUCCACAUAGACUUAUUGAUGCACAUUCCUGUUUCAACAUUAGUGAUCCUUAACCAAGGCUAAAAACAACUAAAAAGAAAAGGCUUAAAAAAAGACUAAAAGGUUCGGCUCAAAUAACUUGUAAUUUUUCAACUGAAGAAGCGAAAGUCUCCUUUAGAUGAAAAUUACUGUUGUUGCUUGAAGGAAUUUAAAAGUAUGUUUUGAAUGCUGUAGUUUAUUCUGUUAAACUAAUCAAAACGUUUGCUAGUUUAUUGUGUUAUAUUUAGCACUUCAUGGUCUGUGUUACUUAGCCCCACUUUAUUUCCCUAGUUCAUUGUUAUAUCUAGCACUACAUGGUCUGUGUUACUUAGCCCCACUUUAUUUCCCUAGUUCAUUGUGUUAUAUCUAGCACUACAUGGUCUGUGUUACUGAGCCCCACUUUCUCAGAUGCUUUCGGCUCUCACAACAAAUAUUUCUAAAGGCCACAAAGGAGAUCAUUCGGGUUCUCGUGCGCAUUUUCACAUUCAUGGUCCAGAAGCUUUGCCAGACUACCAGUAAGCUCACCAAACUACCCAUAGAAAUACCCAAAACAACCUUAUCGAAAGCCCUGUCAAAUGUGAGUGUGUAUGCCCCUAAAUGUUUGAGAAUGUGGGCCCUAGUGCUAAGAUAUUUUUUAUUUAACUCAUCAUCAUGCAUUGCCAACAAUACAAGAGCAUCAGAGCUUUAAAAAGAAUGAAGAAGUGUACAUAAUUCGCUCUAAUGUCCGUGAUAUUUUCAGUCAUUUUAGCCGUAAAUAAUACUAAAGGAAUAUGACUUUUUAAUGUUAAUUGUUUUAGUAAGUGAAUGCUGUAAAACAAAUAUAGAAUGAGGAUUACACAUUUUAUUGGUCAUGUGAGAAAAUAUCUGAGCAUUUGGUUAUAUGUGGCUCAUGUUAACACCUUUAUUACUGAGGGUUUUGUAAAUAAAUGUAAAAAUUGC